AUGACUAAAAGUAACGGAGAAGAUCCAAGAUCUGGAAAUAGGAUGGAGCGCUUUCAGCAAGGAGUACGGAAACGUACACUCCUGGCAAAAAAGAAGGUGCAGAGCAUAACUAAGGAUGAUGUUAAAGGUUACCUAGUGAGGAAUGCCUUUGUGCUCUUCACCGUCACUGGUGUCAUUGUUGGCACUAUCCUUGGAUUUGGUCUCCGACCAUACAAAAUGACCUACCGGGAAGUCAAGUACUUUUCCUUUCCAGGAGAACUACUGAUGAGAAUGUUGCAGAUGUUGGUCCUACCACUCAUCGUAUCCAGUUUGGUUACAGGAACGGCUGCCCUGGAUAAUAAAGCAUCAGGGAAGAUGGGAAUGCGAGCAAUAGUCUACUACAUGACUACUACUAUCAUUGCUGUAAUUAUUGGUAUAAUCAUUGUGGUCAUCAUCCACCCUGGGAAAGGUACAAAGGAAAAUAUGCACAGAGAAGGCAAAAUUAUGAAAGUGACAGCAGCAGAUGCCUUUCUUGAUUUAAUCAGAAACAUGUUCCCUCCAAACUUGGUGGAAGCCUGCUUUAAACAGUUCAAAACGAACUAUGACAAGAGAAUGUUUAGAGUAGCAAUUCCACCCAAUGAAACAUCCGUUGUGGCUUCCGUAAUAAACAAUGUAUCAGAGGCAAUGGAAACCCUAACUCGAAUGAAGGAGGAGGUGAUCCCUGUUCCAGGUGCCGUCAAUGGAGUGAAUGCAUUGGGACUGGUGGUCUUCUCAAUAAGCUUCGGAUUGGUGAUUGGGAACAUGAAGGAGCAAGGGCAGCCAUUAAGACACUUCUUUGAUAGCCUUAAUGAAGCUAUCAUGAGAUUGGUAGCUCUAAUCAUGUGGUAUGCCCCACUUGGUAUCCUGUUCUUGAUUGCUGGGAAAAUUGUUGAGAUGGAAGAUAUGGGUGUGAUUGGUGGACAGCUUGCCAUGUACACUGUAACAGUUAUCAUUGGUUUGCUCAUUCAUGCUAUUAUUGUUCUACCACUACUCUACUUCCUGGUUGUUCGUAAGAACCCUUGGGUAUUUAUUGGAGGACUUCUGCAGGCACUGAUCACAGCUUUGGGAACAUCUUCAAGUUCUGCCACCCUACCCAUAACAUUUAAAUGUCUGGAAGAGAAUAAUGGAGUGGACAAGCGUAUUACAAGAUUUGUGCUCCCAGUGGGUGCUACAAUUAACAUGGAUGGGACUGCUUUAUAUGAGGCUUUGGCUGCAAUUUUCAUCGCACAAGUUAACAACUUUGAACUGAACUUUGGGCAGAUUAUCACAAUCAGCAUCACAGCUACAGCUGCCAGUAUUGGCGCUGCAGGAAUUCCUCAGGCUGGACUGGUCACCAUGGUCAUUGUGUUGACAUCUGUUGGUUUGCCUACAGAGGACAUCACUCUUAUCAUUGCAGUGGACUGGUUCUUGGACCGUCUCCGUACCACUACAAAUGUCUUGGGUGACUCCAUUGGUGCAGGGAUUGUUGAACAUUUGUCACGGAAUGAGCUGAAGAGCAGGGAUGCUGAGAUGGGUAAUUCUGUGAUAGAGGAAAACGAAAUGAAAAAACCAUACCAAUUGAUCUCACAGGAAAAUGAGAGCGUAAAACCAUUAGACAGUGAAACCAAGAUGUAGGAUAGAUCAGGCAUGAGUCCAACACUAGAAGUGUGGGAAAUAUACUUUCUACAACCAUUUAUAUCUUGUUUUCAAGAAGUCCAUUUAUAUCUUGCUUUCUCCCAUAUGAUAGCAUUGGAACAGAGUUAAUCAAAAACA